AUGGCGGCGGAAGAGGACUGUCUCCUUGAUAGGGAGCGCCACAUCAAGUAUUGGAAACGGUGUGCGCAGAUCCUGCCCGAACCCUACACGUCUGGUGAAGCCAGCCGAAUGAGUUUCGGCUUCUUUAUUGUCGCCGCGUUGGAUCUGCUGGGGGCACUUGACACUGUCAUUACGCCGUCCGAGAAGCGAGGCUGGAUUGAAUGGAUCUACACCUGUCAGGUCCCUCACACAGGCGGCUUCAGAGGUUUCACAGGGACAAUGCUAGGCGGCCAGAGAAGUUACCACAACUGGCACUGGGAUCCGGCUAAUCUGCCAAAUACCUACUUUGCACUGGUUACGUUGGUGAUUUUGGGAGACGACCUUUCCAGAGUCAAGCGGAGAGAAUGCCUUGCCUGGGUGGCAGGGUUGCAAAGGCCGAAUGGCAGUUUUGGGGAGUUUCUGGGAGAAAACGAUGUGGUGGAAGGGGCAGACGAUCCACGACACUUCAUGUGCGCCGUGGGAAUCAUCAAAAUAUUGCAAGGAAACGGGGAGCAUGCAGAAAGGCCGGGCUUCGACGAAGCAGGCUUGCAGAGGUAUAUUGCCAAUUGCCAGUCUCAUGAAGGCGGAAUCGGCCAAGCUCCUCUUCUUGAAGCUCACUCCGGGCUGAACUAUUGUGGCAUCGCGACACUCUCAUUUCUCGCCCUGCUUCAGAAACCCGCGGUGUCCGUGCAAGAGAUGGCGGAACGAGCCAACGUCGACACCUCCAUCUGUACCCGAUGGAUGCUGGAUCGACAAACAACCUGGAUAGAAGAGGACGAGGACGAAGAUGAGGACGAAGACAAUCAACGUGGAGACCGCGCCGAUAUUGAGACCAAGCAAGAAGCAGCACAACCAUUGUCGCCCGAUGUGUCCAAGAUGCAGAUCAGCUUGGUCGCGCAGAAGCCGAUUGCUGGAUUUUGCGGCCGCUGUGGGAAGAUUGCAGACACCUGUUACUGCUUCUGGAAUGUGGGAGCUCUCGCCAUCCUGCAACAGCAUCAUCUGGUUGAUGUCGACUCACUAAGGAGAUAUCUCCUGGGGAAGGUCACCCACAUAAUCGGAGGAUUUGCGAAGAGCCCUGGCGAACUGCCGGAUCUUCUGCACUCAUAUCUAGGGCUCGCAACGCUGGCAAUAUACAACGAGCCCGGAUUGAAGGAGCUGGAUCCCACAUUUUGUAUCAGCAAAGACGCUGUAGAAAGAUUGACGAAGGUAGCAGGGUGGCGAAACUAA